UUGUUAUUACAUUACAUUUGUAUUUCUGCUGCGCAUUUGCCUUUUUUUUUUGCCUUUGUUCGGAGUGUGUAUUAGAAAACGACAAUAGACUUUAGAAAAUACGCUAAAUAGCACGGUUAAUUGUAAAACGCCCAAAAUUAACUGUUUACGCAAUCAAACAAUUAGACGUGCAUAAUAAAAAAAGAAUUAAAGAUAAGCAGUGACUGCAGCAACAACAGAAGAAACAGAAGCAAAGGCGAAAAGAAACAACGGACUUGAACAAAUAACAGACAAAAACAAUAACAAAAAUUGCGCAUAUUUUCGUGGGUCGCAGCUGAUUUCACAUAUCAAGAAAAUGCUCGACCUGGAAAUUGUGCCUGAAAUUUCGCUGGGCUGCGAAGCGUGGGAGUUUGUGCUAGGAAUGCACUUCUCCCAGGCCAUAGCCAUCAUACAAUCCCAGGUGGGCAUCAUAAAAGGCGUACAGGUGCUCUACUCGGACACCAAUCCGCUGGGCGUGGACAUCAUUAUAAAUCUACCGCAGGAUGGAUUACGUUUAAUAUUUGAUCCGGUUGUGCAGCGUCUCAAAACCAUUGAAGUGUUCAACAUGAAGCUGGUGAAGCUGAAAUACUGUGGCGUCUACUUCAAUUCACCCGAAGUACUGCCCAGCAUCGAACAGAUCGAGCAUUCGUUUGGCGCCACCCAUCCAGGUGUCUACGAUGCAGCCAAACAGCUGUUUGCAUUGCAUUUCCGUGGCUUGAGCUUCUAUUUUCCGGUGGACAGCAAACUGCACUCGGGCUAUGCACACGGCUUGGGCUCUCUGGUGUUCCUCAACGGCGCCUCUCCCGUGGUAUCCAAAAUGUCACUGUAUGCGGGCAGCAAUGUUGCCGAGAAUCGAGCACCUUCACUGCCAUUGGCCUGCUACCAUCGACAAAUGUAUCUGGAGUCGGCCACAGUGCUGCGCACCUCCUAUGGCCACACCAAGGGUCUCAAGCUGAAGCUCUUCACGGAGGGAUCUGGACGUGCCUUGGAGCCACGACGUCAAUGCUUUACCCGUGAGCUGCUCUUUGGCGAUAGUUGCGAGGAUGUAGCCACCAACUUGGGUGCUCCCAAUCGCAUCUUCUUCAAGAGCGAGGACAAAAUGAAGAUACACAGCUCGAGCGUGAAUCGACAGGUGCAGAGCAAACGUAGCGACAUUUUCUUUAAUUAUUUUACGCUCGGAAUCGAUGUGUUGUUCGAUGCCCGCACACAGACCUGCAAGAAGUUCAUACUGCACACCAAUUAUCCGGGUCACUUUAAUUUCAACAUGUACCAUCGCUGUGAGUUCCAGUUCCAGCUGGAGACGGAUCAUCAGUCUGGCGAGAUGGAGAACAAACAUGAUCAUGUCAAUAUAACUGCCUAUACCAAAUGGGAUGAGAUCAGCGGCUCGUUAGCCACCUCGGAGCGUCCGGUGGUGUUGCAUCGCGCCAGCUCAACAAACACAGCGAAUCCCUUUGGGUCGACCUUUUGCUACGGCUAUCAGGAUCUGAUAUUCGAGGUGAUGCCCAACAAUCAUAUUGCAUCCGUCACGCUCUACAAUACGGCGCCGCCACGACAGCCGGCUCACUCCUGGCAACAGCACAAAAUGCAGGACAUUCGCCUGACUGUCGCCUAAGGAUUUGUAAAUGUAGAUGUAUUCGUGGUCGUGUGGGCUCUGUGACGCUUGAUGUGUAUUUAACUUUAAGCAACAAAACAAUGAUCUAACCUAGACAUUAACGAUUAGUAGUUACAUUACGAUAAUAUAUAGUAAUACAUACACAUACAUAUAUAAAUUUAAUAGAUAUAUAGAAUUUCUAUAUAGCUACUAAGCAAAUUUAUCAGACUCACUGACCAUAUUCUUUUGCCCCCCUCGGUACUUUCUCUUAUAUAUUCCAUUGUGUUAACUCGAUCCGACCUAGACUCGAUUCAUUACUGACAAUUAAUUAGCAACGUAAUUUUAACUUUGCAUGUCGUUAAAAUAUCUAAAUAUUUUAAGCUCAAAACGUGUAUUUCUCUUUGAAAAAGAAACAAAAAAUCAACAAAAAAAUAUAUAUUAAAAUAUAGCAAUAAGGUUUCGACAAAACAACAA